ACAAAGCACGCAAAUAUGCGCCGAGACCUGUUCAGUCUGCUGGGGUCACUCACCAAGAAGAGUCCCAGCAAGCUGCACGCGGUAGGAGGGAGGCGGACUGAGGGCUGUGACUCCCACGCCGGGCAAGACACAGCCAGGGGCCCGGCCCUCCACAAGUCGGGCGCAGGGGCCCGGGGGACUCUGCCCCUCGGUUCCGCGUGCAGAGAACACGGCAGAGGCGCGGCUGCAGCCCGCCGGGCACAGACUCCCCUCCACCCUGCUCCCGGCCGGGCAGCCAAUCGGAGCCGCGCGCUGCCGCCGGGAUCCGCGGAUCGGCUUCGGAGGCGGCGGCGGCGACGCCCGGGACGGAGCGGAGAGCUGGAGCUUAGCGCCCCGCAUCAGCCCGAGAGGAAGUUCGGCGUGGUGGUGGUUGGUGUUGGCAGAGCCGGCUCUGUGCGCAUGCGGAACUUACAGAAUCCAGACUCUUCCUCAGCCUGCCUGAACCUGAUUGGCUUCGUGUCCAGACGCGAGCUCGGGAGCAUCGCGGGGGUCCAGCAGAUCUCCUUGGAGGAUGCUCUCUCCAGCCCCGAGGUGGAGGCCGCGUUUAUCUGCAGCGAAAGCUCCAGCCACGAGGACUACAUCAGGCAGUUCCUCAAGGCUGGCAAGCAUGUCCUCGUGGAAUACCCCAUGACGCUGUCCCUGGCAGCUGCGCAGGAACUGUGGGAGCUGGCCGAGCAGAAAGGAAAAGUCUUGCAUGAGGAGCAUAUCGAACUCUUGAUGGAGGAAUUUGCAUUCCUGAAAAAUGAAGUGGUGGGGAAAGAGCUGCUGAGGGGGUCACUUCUCUUCACAGCUGGCCCUCUGGAAGAAGAGCGGUUUGGCUUUCCUGCAUUCAGCGGCAUCUCUCGCCUGACCUGGCUGGUGUCCCUCUUUGGGGAGCUUUCUCUUGUGUCUGCCACGUUGGAGGAGCGGAGGGAAGACCAGUACAUGAAGAUGACUGUGCACCUGGAGACUGAGAGUAAAUGCCCGCUGUCCUGGAUCGAAGAGAAAGGGCCUGGUUUAAAACGGAACAGAUAUUUAAGCUUCCAUUUCAAAUCGGGGUCCCUGGAGAACCUGCCUAAUGUAGGAGCCAAUAAGGACAUUUUCCUGAAAGAUCAGAGCAUAUUUGUCCAGAAACUCCUGGGCCGGGUCUCUGGGAAGGAGCUGGCUGCUGAAAAGAAGCGAAUCCUGCACUGCCUGGGGCUGGCGGAAGAAAUCCAGAAAGCCUGCCACCAGAGGCAGUGAGGGCCGAGGCCACACCGCUGCCCUGGCAGCACAGCUGGGUUUUGUCAACAGCUGACCGCUAUCCCUACUCUGACGAUUAAACUUGUUGGUAAGCAGGA